AUGUUUCGCGAUUUUGUGGUUGUGGGUUUUGGUUGGAGCCAUGCCCUAACCGACCUGCCCGGCUGGAAACUUCUGUCCGCUUUUCUUCUUCUGCUGUUGAGUUACAUUGUUGGUUGUAUCGUCUACAACCUGUACAUCAACCCUGUGUCUCGUUACCCCGGACCCAAGCUUGCUGCUAUCACUCCUCUUGUUCACCUUCUCUGGGAUAUCCAGGGUAAGCAGCACUCUAAAAUAAAGGCUCUGCAUGACCAGUACGGAGAUGUGGUUCGCAUCGCCCCCAAUGCUCUAGUGUACCGCGCAGCCCCAGCCUGGAGAGAUAUCUACGGCCACCGCAAGAAGGGGCACAAAACCUUCCUCAAGGACCCAGCUUUGUAUGCACCCACUCCGAACGGAGUCAAUGCAAUCAUCACAGCCAAUGAGGAGGACCACUCCCGAAUGCGCCGUUUGCUUACCCACGCCUUCUCGAACCAAGCUCUGCGCGCACAGGAAGAAAUCCUCCAGAAAUACGCAGACAUGUUCAUCGACAAGCUGCAGGAAAUCAUGGGCAGCUCUGUCUCCAAAGAUCUCGACAUCACUCGCUGGUUCAACUUCACCACCUUCGAUCUAAUCGGCGAUCUUGCAUUCGGCGAGCCCUUUGGCUGCCUCGACAACAGCACUUAUCACUGGUGGGUAUUGAUCAUUUUGGACGCCGUCAAGGCAAGUGCCUAUCUGAAAGUCUUUUGGUUCUACCCUUUUCUCGUCCCACUGGUCAAGUUCCUGGUUCCCAAGCAUCUCCUCGAAAAGCGCCAAGCCAGCUUCGAACUGAGCGUUGAGAAAGUCCGUCGUCGUCUUGCUCGUGGAACGACCAGGCCUGAUUUCACUUCGUACAUUUUAAAGCAUUCAACCGAUGGGAAGGGCGUGUCUCCCGAGGAGAUGGAUGCCAAUGCUGCGGUCUUUGUUCUGGCUGGUAGUGAAACCACUGCUGCUCUGCUGUCUGGGUGUACUUAUUAUCUCCUUCGCAACCGUGAUAAGUACGAGAGACUUCUGCGCGAGAUCCGGGGUGCCUUUAACUCCCUCUCCGAUAUUAAUCUGUCUUCACUGGUUGAUCUGCCUUACUUGAAUGCUGUCUUGACUGAGGCCAUGCGCGUUUACCCUCCUAUCCCCUCCAUGUUGCCUCGCAUCGUGCCCGAGGGUGGCGCUAUCAUUAAUGACAAAUUUGUCCCUGGGAAUGUCUCCGUAUCAGUCUCGCUAUUCUCAGCCUUCAACGCAGCAUCUCACUUCAAGAACGCCGAGUCUUUCAUCCCAGAACGCUGGCUCGCCGACUCCACGGGCUUCGAGAACGACAACAAGGACGCCUUCCAGCCAUACUCAUACGGACCGCGGAACUGCCUCGGCCAACAUCUUGCAAACGCCGAAAUGCGUCUUAUCCUGGCCAAGUUCCUCUGUGCCUUCGACAUGGAGCUACUCCCAGCUUCCAUCAACUGGAUCCAGCAGAAGUCCUUCGCCCUCUGGAAACGCCCCGAUCUCAACAUCAAGCUCUACCGUGCCGGUGAGGCUAUCAUGCUGUGA